AGAUCUGUCUUUAAUAAAAUCCCCGAAGAGCGAGGAGAAAAAUGCAGAUCUGCCUGACUCGCUAGUCUGCCAGUUGAGGAUUGCUCUGCGUUCCCAACGUGGGGUUUUUGUACAAAACGGCUCUAAAUCUGGGUUCAAUCAAUGUAUUUAAUCCUGGCUUCCAGUGAUGAGGUGGCUUCUGCCCUGGCUUCUAGCAGCAAGCAGCAUUUUGCAGGCUGUGUCCCAGGACUCCACCACCAUGCCCCCUGCUGUCACCGUCGUGACUGAGGGCUACACACGGACUCAGUACUGUAAGUGGCCAUGCGAGUGUCCCACAUGGCCACCUCGGUGCCCAGCAGGGGUCAGCCUGAUCACCGACGGCUGCGAGUGCUGCAAGGCGUGCGCCAAACAGAUUGGAGAGAACUGCACGGAGGCUGAUACCUGUGACUUCCAUAGGGGCUUGUACUGUGACUACAGUGGAGACAGACCUAGGUACGAAAUAGGAGUAUGUGCACAAAUUAUGGGCGUGGGCUGUGUCCUUAAUGGAAUCCGGUAUAAGAACGGUGAGACCUUCCAGCCCAAUUGCAAGUACAAUUGCACAUGCAUUAAUGGGGCUGUGGGCUGCCUGCCAUUGUGCACCAGCUCACGCCCCCCGCUCGUCUGGUGCCCAAACCCAAAGCAAAUUAAGAUAGCAGGCAAGUGCUGCGAGCAGUGGAUCUGUGAUGACUCAAAGAAGAUCAGGAAGACAUCUCCGCGACAUAUCUCCUCCGCAGCUUACGAAGGAGAGAAUGAAUCCUGGCAGAAAAACUGCAUCAUUCACACCUCACCCUGGAGCCUCUGCUCGAAAACCUGCGGGCUGGGGAUCUCGACGAGAAUUUCCAAUGACAACGACCAGUGCCGGCUCCUGAAAGAGAGUCGUCUCUGCAACUUGCGGCCCUGCGAGGUGGAUAUAACCAAACACAUUAAGCCUGGGAAGAAAUGCUUGGCCGUGUAUAGGGCAGAUGAACCAAUGAACUACACCAUAUCGGGCUGCGUGAGCAAAAGUACAUACAGGCCAAAAUACUGUGGUGUCUGCACAGACAACAGGUGCUGCUCUCCGUACAAGUCGAAGACUAUUGAAGUGAGGUUUGAGUGCCCAGAUGGAACUGGAUUUUUCCAGAAAAUCAUGUGGAUCAAUGCCUGCUUUUGCAACCUGAGUUGCAAGAACCCUAACGACAUCUUUGCUGACUUGGCACAUUACCACGAUUACUCUGAAAUAGCGAAUUAAAUUGCCCGAAUGCUGGGGUGAACCACUGCUCUGAUUUUACAGAGGUUUUAAAAUAAAGGAGAAUCUUCCAUCCAGUGCCAAUGUAACAUUUCUUUCUCAAAGUCAGGAUUAAGUUACCUUUGUUUAUCCUACUAUAUUUAGAGACUUUUAAACAGGCAGAAUUUUCCGCUAUAGCAGACUUCUGUCCAUUAAUGAGGGCCAGAGGUUCCCCUUCAUUGUUAGUGCCUGUGUGAUCAAAUGUAUCUAUUGAGCCACAUUGCUCAGAUGUCAUGAUUUAAAUGACCUGCCUGUUGGCAUUGGUGCACCAGGGAUGGUGAACAUGUUAAAAGAGCAUCAAAGACAUGCAUUGUGCCAGCAGUUUAAUGCCCAAAGGGGGCUUAUAGGCUAGGAGAAUUAGUACAUACUACACCUCUACCUCGAUAUAACGCGACCCGAUAUACCACAAAUUCAGAUAUAACGCAGUCAAGCAGUCUCCGGGGGGAGCGGGGCAGGGAGGGCGCACUCCAGUGGAUCAAAGGAAGUUCGAUAUAACGCGGUUUCACUAUAAUUCGGUAAGAUUUUUUGGCUCCCAAGGACAGCGUUAUAUCGAGGUAGAGGUGUUUUUCAGCAAUGGUGUAGCUACACUGUGGCUACCAACGGAUUAGGCUUGGGCCUAGACAAGAUUCAGGUAUUUGCCUUCUCUUAGCUGGAAAAUGGGUACUGAUUUUCCUUUUGUUACCAAGAGGCAAGGCUAAACUCUUCAAGGCCGGUUCUCAUUCACACGGAGGGCUCUUGGAGCAGCUGUGAGUAAAUGUAAUUUAUACCCACAUUACGCUUCCAGUCUAGUAUAAAAUCGGCAUAGCCUAUGGGAGAAUCUGGUUCAUCACCUUAUUAUCCACUCCACUAAUGAGUGUACAUGAAUGGAGUGGAAAAUGUUUUGACCCCAGCUUCACAGCUGCAUUGGCUGCUGCUUGCAAACUUAAAAUAAAAAUCUAUUUAAAAUUCUCCAAAAGUGGUGGAAAGCCCAAAUACUGGCGGAGAGAAGAAAAGGCCAGUCACUAACAUUCCAGGCAACAAUGUCCAUCACUGGCACAUGCUCUAGCCCUGACUUCCAGUCCCAAUACACCAGGGAUUUUAGAAGACUCUCGUAUAUUGCAGCAGAUCAUGUCUUUUGCAUUCGUUUGUCCACAGUCUCUCUGCAUCUGGCUAUAAAUGACCGUGUGAGAAUAGGCCAAGGUAGUUUAGCCAUAGGGGGAAAAAAAAUCUCAUCCUCAAUGCCAAAUCUGUAAAUCCUAGCCCUAGUGUCCAGUUGAUGCAAUUCCUAUGUAAAUAAUAUUUUAUAACUAGAACUAAAUUGCACUUAGGGAAAAAAAAACUGUGGACACAAAUUAAAAACUGGGAUGAAUAUUGCACUUAGAAAGACAUUCGGAGGAGAGACUUUUCUGGGACUCUCUAGAGCAUCUCAGUUCAAAGCAUAUCCCCGUAACUUCUCUCUUUCUCCUUCUCACUGCCCUGCUGCUAACCUUUUAUAACCUUUCUGCUGGGGAGGUGUCUCUAUUGCCUCAGACAGUUUUCGCCAUCUCCUUGUCCACAGCACCAUGACUACUAAAGCUAUCAGUCCCUACCCUCCCUGUGAUUCGAGUUCCUGAUAGCCUGUCUGUAUCUGAAGAGGUGACUUCCAAGGGCCAGAUUUUAAAAGAUAUUUAGGUGCCUAAUUCCCAAUGAAAUCAAUGGGAGCUAGGCAGCUAAAUACCUUUAAACAAAAUCUGGCCCCCAACCCACUGCAAAUCCCAGCCGGCGCUGCUGGGGCAGAUCCUUCAGCCAGAUUGAUGGAGCUAUACCAGGCUACACCAGCUGAGGCGCUGCUGUUGGCUUUUCACUGGGCUCAAUCCUGAUGCAGUUACUUUUACUUAACCCUUAUUCUGGAAAAACUCUCAGUGCCCCGCAAUAGGUGUUCUUCUGGGGCAACUGGUCCAUACAUUUGUAUCAGGAAGUGAGGAUUAGCCCCAAUCUCAGUUCUCCUUAGCAGUCAGUCAUUCCUCAAUGUAUAGACCCCGCUAUUAGUUCUUUCUGAGGCUUCACCGUGGCCUGGUCUACACUAGAAAAUUCUUGGCUUAACUAUGUCGCUCAGGGUUGUGAAAAAGCCACACCCCGGAGCGGUGUUAUGCUGACCUAACCCCCCAGUGUAGACAGCAUUAGGUUGACAAAAGAAUUUGUCCAUUCUUCCAGACUUCACCUGCCGGGGAGUUGGAUUCCCUCUGCCGAUGGGAUAACCCCUCCCAGCAGCGUAGGCAGUAUUUGUAGUAGUGCUGCUGUGGCAUUUCUAGUGUAGACAAGCUCCAGAAAACUAACCCGCUUGCACCUGAUUCCUGCCUGGGUGCACUAGCUGAGGAGCAGGUGCAAAGAGCCACACCACCCCGCCACCCCCCAUGAAACGUCCAGGGGCCAAGGAAUGUCAGAGUCCUAGAAGUCAGUGACUGCAAGGGCUGCUGUCCGGGGGAGCUGGGGGACAGGUGUGAGUUGUGCCAAUCAUCCUAAAUCAAUGCUCAUGAACCUUUGUACCACACCCACAGGAGCAUGCAUUUUUCCACUUAAAACUCCAUAAUGCACCAUAAAAGAUUUAUGGUGCUAUAACGCAAAGUGCCCAGAGCCAAGAAGUUGAGCCCUGAUCCAAAGGCCUCCACAGAGUGAAGAGGUUUGCGUCUAUGCUUCCAGGUCAUCUCUCGCACUAGCUGUACCUGAGCUAUGAAGUGGAGAUCAGGAGCUAAACUUUCCCAAAGUCCGAGAGAGUUUGAAUCCAGUGUUCUGAUUCAGGCUAAUCUGUAAACCCAUGUACGUAACACUGGGCACUUGUUUGUGGAUAUACACACACACCUAUGUAGUGCGCCAUAACGUAUUUUGCUAGACACUUACAAUGACAAAAAGAGGACCAGGCAAAAGGAUCAAAGGAUAUAACAUAACCAGAAUCAUGCUCCAGGGUGCAUUUGUUUAUCUUUUUUUUCAUGUUGUGAUUAGCUAAACAUUAGAGAUGCCAGAAUGAACUGUUGGCUGUGGAUGGGACGCACUGUUUACAUCAAUGGCUGAAAGAUGCGAUUGUGAACUGAUACACGCCCAUCAUCUCCAGGAUAUGGCUGUUCCCAAGCGAAGUGAAUGCCUAUCAGCCACAGAGCUUUUGUCAAGACAAUUCUGUGUUUCAUUUGUACCAGAACUCCAACUGAGAGAAUAACAGUGGACGCAGGUAACCUCCAGUUGUGGUUUGAGAUGGAGACCUUCUCCGAAUAUACUUUCGAGAGAAAGAUUAACCUUGUGGUGUAAGACUGAGGACAUCUGGGUUCACUUCCUGCCUCUGCCACAAGCUUCCUGUGACCUUUGACAAGUCACUUAAUCACUCUGUGCCUCAAUUGCCCCAUCUGUGAAAUAGGCACAAGAAGAAUCUUAUUCUCUAUGCUUUGGCUGCCUAGUUAAUUUAGACUGUAAGCUCUUUGAGGCAGGACUGUCUCUUGCUAUCUGUUUAUACAGUGCCCUAGCACAAUGGGAUGCUGAUCUCAGUUGGGACCUUAAGGUGUUACAGUAAUACAAAUAGCACAAUAAUAAUGCUAGGGAGGAAAUACCAAUCUCUGAGCUGGUGCUAGAAUUCUUUUGGUGCUAUGUUCUACAGCAAAGAUAAAGCUAAAAUACUCUGUGCUGGGGGAGGGCAAAGACAAGGCCCUUUGGCCCAAACCCUGUUCACUCCAUGCACAUAAUCCCAGGGAUAUUCAUGUACUUGUAUGAGGAGAGGUGUGUGUGGAAUUUGAGGGUCUGUUCCUGCUGCCAUCAGCAGCAAACCUCCAGUUGGCUUUGAGAUCAGUAAAUCGUGAUGUCUUGCCCUCUGUGGGCGCUUUACCUCUGUAAGGACUGAAGGCACAAGCCUCAGUGGUUUGGAUCCAUUUAAAGCAAUAAGUACAUCUGAUGCAAAAAUAAAAGUACCCAAUAUAUAACUUAAACGAGGUGCCUUUGCACUGAGUCAAUUAUAACUUAAAACACUGAGAAAUGUAUAUGAAAUUGUAACCCCUGCUUGAAGGAAGUGGCGCUCUGUCCCCCUCUAGUGGUGGCUAAGCCACCUAGAGAUUCAUGAGCCUGCUACAGCCUUGGAUAAUAGACAUUUGUCGUUUAGCUCCAGAGGUCCCAGGUUUGAUCCUUGCUGUUGAAGCCCCUGUAUGGGUCUUCUGUGUUACAUAAUUAAAAUGCAAGCACAUUGCAUUCUGUUCGUCACUGUCAGUAACAUGAUCACUAGCAUUGUAUUGUAUAUAGGCAGUGUGGGAAGUUACAGCACUCAAAUACUAUGCAAUAUUUUAAAUUAAGCCACUGAUUCCCCACCCCUUGCGUUUUGUUUUGUUUUGUUUUGGAAGACCAAAAAGUGCCAGGUACUUUAAGAGCAGCGUAUUAAAAUGAUGGGAAUAGAAUGCUCAGUAUUACAAAUUAAAUCCAAGCACAGCCUUGUUCAUUCAUAUCAUUUCAAACUGUGAUUUCGUUAUGUAUGUAACUGCCAGAGCUGUAUUUGUAAGUAUCAUUUUCUGUGGUAUUUAGAAAUUUGUUGGGAAGGUGCAAUUGGUUGGGGUCAAGAAGCCUUUGAGUUAUGCUAGCUUUAUAACAAAUGUAAAUGUAGGAUUUGGCUGUACAAGGGUUCCCGGCAGAAAUGCUACAGCUACACUU